AUGUCAAAUGCUACCCUUUACCGCAACAUUGUUCGUGCUCUCCAAUAUCUCUCCAUCACUCGUCCUAAUAUUGCCUUUUUCAUUAACAAAUGCUCAAAAUUUCUACAAGACCCACGAGACAUACACUGGACAGCGGUUGAACGCAUUCUCUGCUACUUAAAGCACUCCAUCACCCAUGGGAUUCUCAUUUGGCCUUGUAAAACUUUUCACCUUAUUGCCUUCUCAGAUGCUGACUGGGCUGGUUGUCUAGAUGACAGAAAAUCCACCUCUAUCUACUGCACUUUUCUUGGAGCAAAUCUUCUAACUUGGAACUCAAAGAAGCAACGUACAAUUUCCCUCUCUAGCACUGAAGCUGAGUACAAGGCUCUCGCCAAUGCUACCGUCGAAUUAACAUGGCUCCAGUCUCUGCUUAAAGAACUUGGCAUUUUUUAG